GCUAAUUACUCCUGGCCUUUUUAUCCAAUUGCUAACCAGGCAUUGUAUGGUUACGACCAAGCAGCCAACAAAUCUUUCAAAAGCGAGAAAAUCCCAAAUGGCGUCAGAACUCAGGUGGAAGAUGGAAUCCAGGCUCUGUUUGUGCCCGCAGGAGAACAAGUUGACCUUGGUGACUUUGCUGGUACGUGCAUCAGUAAUCCAUAUCUCUGUCAGAAUUUUACAGUGUCAUUUCUCUUUAAAACUGGAGCCGAUAAAGAUCUAAAGGUCCUGGAUUCGGGGUUGAGUGCUGAUGGCCAAACAGAUGAGUACGAGUAUGGCUGGUCAUUUGAGAUUUCUCUCUAUUCUGGCAGUGCUGAAGUGACAGUCACCGGUGAUGGCGCGGCCCGAGAACUGGCGGCUCGCAAUUCUUGGAUUCAAAUAGUUUUUACUGUUGAUUACGGAAUAAUAUCCAGGAACGUAGUCCUCUAUCAAAAUCAUAAUGGCACACUAGUAGACAAUCUGGUGGCAUCGGGACAAAGUUAUGUGAAGCAAGACAGGAACACGCGUCUGAAGCUUGGCUCCACAUCCAACACAAAAGGGUUCUUUAUAAGUAACCUAAACUUUAUUGGAAUUAAGCUGAGUGUAGAAGAAAUUCAAGAACUUGGGAACAGGAGUUUUAAAGAAGGUAUGAUGAAGGGUCGGUUAUUAAAUGAAGUAUAACUUAAAUCCUUUUGCAGGGUAAUUGUUUUAAGCAAGACAGAAAAAAUGGACAGAGAAAGAAACGCCCAUUCUAGCCCUUAGGAGAUGUGAAUUUCACCAAAGUUAUUUUUAGACCAAUGAACUACCAAUCAACCAAUUAAUCGCAAAUAAGUUUUCGCAGAGGUCCGCAAACUUUUGUUUGGUCUUAGAAUUCAACAGUCGCCAUUAAAAUAUUCUGCAUUGUUUGUUGUGAGGCAGUUAGUCGCCCGUGGACUUGAUGACGUUUUAAACAAUGGAUAAAAAUGUGCGGACGUCUCAGGAAUUAAGCUUUUGUUCCACUAAAUCCCGUUCAAAUAACUCAGCCAAUGCCCGAAGAUUUCAUCUCUGGUCCAGUAUUCUCUCUUGUUGCGUUCGACGUAAGGAGAACGCAACACAUAAACUUGGGAUUCUUGUGGUACUAAAGGGAGACCUUUUGCAGUACUCAUUUCGUCUUACGUCUGCAUUUUCUGCGCCAUUUUGAAUAAUUUAUCUGGUGGGCACAAAAAUGUUAAAAAUAAUUAAUUUAAGUUAUGGUCUUAAUUCGUUGCUCUUUAUACUCGUCGACUCUCUUGACGUCGAAUGUCUCGGGUUCCACUCCUGCCCAUUGAGACUUUUUUCUUUUUUUCGUGGUCGUUUUGCUUUGUUUUGUUUCUUUUUUCGAAAAAAAAACAUAUAGGAAGCCUUUUGCAGCAUCAGUUUAUUAGGAAAUAACGUCACAUUUGACAGUAAACCUAAAAAAGCACGAACGCAGUUCCUAAUUUGCGAUUACCACUAGUUUUAAGUAGAAUAAUGAUUUUCUAGUCUGGCUUAAAAGUCCACCAGACCCAAAGGUCUGUUAGUGGGCCGAUUAUGCAGUACAUUCCGAUUUGGUUAAAGACUAAGAUCAUGAGUUUUGUCUGGCUACGGGGAUUAAGUCCGCGGCCUCCCGCUCUGCAGUUUUUAACAUACAGUUCAAUGAAAACACAAUAGUUCAAUAUAACCACGCUAGAAGUUCAAUAACAGCACAUUUGUUCAAUGUCAUGUCACUCAAAAAGCAUAAUAUAGAGCAUUUACCUCCCUAAAGCUACCAACUCGUUAAUUUAAGGAGAAAUUUGAAAGUCCAAUUAUUUCUCAAACUGCGGCCUAAGUUAGCCCGAGUAGAGCCGUCGCCUCUCUCAAACAAAAACCAGGGUUGCCACUGUCAGGGAAAAGUCAGGGAAAGACGAAAAGUUUUCAAGGUCAGGGAAGAGUCAGGGAAUUUGUUAAAAAGUCUGCGAAAAUCUUUGAUAUUGGACAAAGUCAGUGAAAAGUCAGGGAAUUCUGUUUUCUUCUUCAAGACUUUGAAAUGCAUUUUCUUUCGGAAAAGAUGAAACGUACACAGCAAAGCAAGCAAAGCGAUCAAUUUUAACACUCUAUGCCUGACACAUGUAGUAGUUGUGGUCCGUGGUCGUCGUUGUAAAUGCUUUUUUCCAAAUUCCUUCUUCCUCUUUCAGCGAAAACCGGAAAGAGGUUGAAAAUGAAGAGAAAAAUAUCGAUGGCCAGCAAAAAAGCUAAAGCGAAUGUAAACAUCGAUUGUUUCUUAUUAAUAAAAGGUCAGUGAAAACUGUUAUAGAUCGGUGAAAAGUCAGGGAAUUUUUAACUUUCUGCUGAGUGGCAACCCUGAUAAACGUCUCUCUGCUUGAUAUGUUUGAGGGGAGGAGGCGGCUGUAGGCAGGCUAGCCUAAGCUAGACUCGAUCGGUUUGAUAAACGAGACUUAGAGGUCUAUACAAGAGAAUGUAGAAUGUAUUGAUGCACUCACUACAGUUUAUUUCGCCAAUAGCAAUGGAGGCAAAGAACGUCACAAUUGAGAUUCUAGAAGCUCAAGUAAUAAUACCAGCAGAUGCUGGCAUGGCAGCGAUACGCAUACGCCGUCAGGGAUUUCUUUCCAUUGCUACUGCAGUGAAGUAA